GUGGUGCUCUAUCAGACCUCCUAGCUAUUCACAAUGAAGCACUCCAAUGACCGAGAGAGAAUAUGCAAUGAGCUGAGCUCAUCCCAGCUGUGGUCUACGGUGAGUGGAGAUGGGCUACAGAGUGGAGUCCACAUAUAUUUUGACUGGCACAAACGUUUUACCCUGACAUGCCUUUAUCACGGUUCUCCCGUGACCGUGAAUGCAAGGAUCUUUUUUUUUUUAUCAGGUUAAAGAGGUCGAAAGGAUUUAUUUUUGUAUCAGGUUUACGUGAUUUGAUUUUGGUAGCCUAAUUCUGCAGCAACAACUCCGGAGGCGCUUUUUAACUUCCAAGACGCGCUGUGCGUUCCUCUUCCAAAGAUCAACAUGAUGUCUGCCAUAGAUACGGGUACAUCUGUGUACCAACCAGCACAACUACUGAACUGGAUCUAUAUGUCUCUACAAGACUCCCACCAGACCAAUGACUUCGAAGCGUUCGGACCGGAUUCUGAGAGUUCUCCACCGGACUCCGCUGCUGCUGUCGACCUGAGCUCUGCGCUCAACUCAAACUAUCUUAACAAUUUCUUGCAACUUCAGAGGAAUGAGGCCUUAAACAACCAUUUGUAUAGAAGGUCCUCUCCUUACGGCUCACUCAGCAACAUCGAAGACGGCCUGAGUUCUCUGACGGACCACUUCUCUGACCUCUCCGUCUCCUCUGAGUCACGCAAACCCAGCAAGCGACCUCCGCCCAACUACCUGUGCCAUCUCUGCUUCAACAAAGGACACUACAUCAAAGACUGCCCGCAGGCUCGGCCCAAAGGGGAAGGCCAGACCCCAUAUCAGGGCAAGAAGAGAUGUUUCGGGGAAUACAAGUGCCCUAAAUGCAAGAGGAAGUGGAUGAGUGGGAACUCCUGGGCCAACAUGGGACAAGAAUGUAUCAAGUGCCACAUCAACGUUUACCCUCACAAGCAGAGACCUCUGGAGAAACCUGAUGGGUUAGAUGUUUCAGACCAGAGCAAGGAGCACCCACAGCACCUGUGUGAAAAAUGCAAGGUCCUCGGGUACUACUGUCGUCGCGUGCAAUAAUAACCUGUCGUUAUCUGUCCACAAGUUCAUGGAGUUGCCCUCUAGACACUGAUCUUGGGUCAGUUUAGCAUUUUCUACACUAAUGUUUAAGGUCUGGGGGAGGGGAAGCUGAUCCUACAUAUCUACCUACAGUAGGGUAAACUUUACCCCGAAGUCACGUUGACUUCCCUGGUUCACUUCCCUGGCCUUUAGUUGACUUCCCUGGCCUGUAGUUGACCUCCCUGGCCUGUAGUUGACUUCCCUGGCCUGUAGUUGACCUCCUUGGCCUGUAGUUGACUUCCCUGGCCUGUAGUUGACUUCCCUGGUUCACUUCCCUGGCCUGUAGUUCACUUACCCCUCCAGUGGUUAAUGAAGAGUUGACGCUCAUCUAAUGUGCUGUGUAUAUCUCAGUAAAAUAGGCCUCAUCAACCGUCAAUACUCUGUUGUUGUUGUUAUUAUGUUUAUAUAUUUUGACCUGUUUCUCUGUUUCCUACAUGUGUGAAUUGGGGACAAUUCCAUUUCACUUAAGUCUUGUCAGGAUUCAAUUAUUUCCUGAAUUGAAGUGGAAUUGACCCCAAACCUUGUGUGUGUUUUAUGACGUAGUAGCUCCUACCCACCUACCCAAUGUUAAGCUGUACCUCUAGUCUUUUCUUCAUACCAUUAACAUUUUUAUUUUUUUUAUUUAUUUAACUAGGCAAGUCAGUUAAGAACAAAUUCUUAUUUUCAAUGACGGCCUAGGAACAUUCAGGGGCAGAACGACAGAUUUGUACCUUGUCAGCUCGGGGGUUUGAACUUGCAACCUUCCGGUUACUAGUCCAACGCUCUAACCACUAGGCUACCCUGCCGCCCCAUUUUGGGUUGUCCGCAUUCUUAUUGUGCUCACAUUUUCUGAAAAUAUGUCUACACAUGGUAUUAAAAAUGUAUCAUAUCCCGUC